AUGUCGACUUACAUCAAAUUCGAAAACAUUGAUGGCCCCGCUGACUUCCAGAUGAAGCUUAACAUGCGAGAAAGUAUUGAACAAAAGGUCGAGUUUUCAUGCGGAUGUAGUUUCAAAGUGAAUGCUGACGAAACAGCCUACUGGGCUCAUUUUUGCUUCUGGAUGCAUCGUCUCUACGAAGGUCGAAACAUUGAAGAAGAACAAUCUCUUUGGAGCGAUCCUCACUUCGCACGAACUCCUCAUGCUUUCUGCAGCCAAGACGAAGAACAGAUUAGACGAGUUGACGAACUAGUGGAGAAACGAAGAGAUUUCCUCAAUUCUACAUCUAGAUAUGCUACUUCCAGCUCGAAAUCAAAGAUGGCUGAUCUUGAGCUGAAAGAGAUCUACAUGUUUCUUCUUACGAAAAAUCAACCAUCGAACUACACUCUUUCUUGGCCGCUCUUUUUGCGUUUUCUCGUCCUCCAUCUCUUCAGAUGCAUCAUCUAUGUCUUCGUAUUCAUCCUCUCCCUUCUCUUCUCCAUUCUCUUCAUGUUUUUGCUAUUUCUCUGCGCCAUCAUCCUCAGCAUGCUCGUGCCGACUUCAAACGUCUCGAUGACUGAAGGGAAGUAUUCAAGUGGUCUUCCAAGCUCAGUGAAACGACAUCUUCAGCAAGAACACGAGGAAGCAAUGGCGACAACCUGCAACGAACAGCUCGUGAAGAAUACGUCCAACCAGAAAAAAAUCAACAAGAAAAUGCACAAGAAGAAACCGAAUCAAGGAAAAGCGCCAAACAACAUCCGAAAAACGAAGAAACCAGCGAGACUUUAA